UUCAGUGUAAAAAUUAGUCAUACGAAAUUAUGUUCCAGAGUCUCUACCUUAUCUAUGGCAAUGAAUACAGGCCACAGUAAUUAAUUAAAAUUUUAAUACAUUGUUUCGGCCUGCAUUCACUAUCAUAGAGCCUGGAUGCAGCGAGCGAGGAUUUGCGGACCUACUUGAGACGGAAGCACAUCUGGGAACUACUGCGCUACCUCCUCAUGCAGACACUCGUCAAGAAACCUGUGUACCCCCGCGAGUUCCUGGUGGAGCUGAUGGAGCACCUGGUGGAGUACCGCGCGUCGCUGCCCAGUGAGCACCUGCAGCCACGCCUGCUCUGGGACCGCUGCCACGUCGUGGCCGUCUUCAGGGCGCUCGACCCCCAGCAGGCAGAGGUCAUCUCCAUCAGCCAGUACCACGUAGGUAUGAAAAUGCUGAACCUCGGCGAAUACGACAGGCAUCCUCCCACCACCGAAGACGGACUCAUCACCAUGGAUACAUUCGUGGAUGAAGCAUACAGGCGGCUGCUGAACGAGUUCCUGGCGAUGAUCGACUGCCUGCCGGACGAGCGCAACCUCUGCGGCUGCCAGGACCAGAUCUGUCCCUGCACGGCGCCCCCAAAGGAGUCGGCAGAGGAGCUGGCGAAGGAACAACGCGGGGAUGAGCCCCAGUGGGCGGGGCCCCCAACCACGUCUCUGGCUGGACUGCUGGCGCACAGCCACGGCAAGUCCGGGCCCUUGUCAGGGCCCCCGAAAAGGUCCGUGGCGGGGCUGAUCGAGGACCACCACAUGGACAUCGGCUUCACCACGGACGGCGCCUAA